AAAAUCUUCACUUUGACAUUCUCUCUCCAUCGACGAUACUAUGGGCGACAAGUACGACCGCCAGUUGCGUCUGUGGGGCGCCGAGGGCCAGCGACGUCUGGCCAAUACGCAGGUAUUGCUUAUUGGCUCGUGCGCCACGGGCUCCGAGGCGCUUAAGAACUUGGUGUUGCCCGGUAUCGGACGAUUUUCGAUCCUGGACGAUGCCAAUGUGUCACUGGCCAACGCGACCAACAAUUUCUUCGUGACGGCGGACGCUGUGGGCCAAUCCAGGGCUGAGACGGUGGCCAAUUUGCUGCUGGAGAUGAACGCGGACGUGGCCGGCGAUGGCCGCCACGCCAACGUGCAGCAGGUGCUACUGAACGAGCCUCAGUAUUUGGACCAGUUCGAUCUUGUGCUGGCCACGCAGCUGGACGAGUUGGCCACGACCAAAUUGGCCGAACUGUGUUUGGCCAAGAGGAUUCCGCUGUUAUUAGUGACGUCCUACGGUUUCCUCGGCUCGUUAAGGCUGCAGGUGGCGCAACACGCCAUCGCUGACGCCAAAUUGGACCCACCACGUCACGAACUGAGACUCUCGACGCCCUUCCCAACGCUGCAGAAGUUCGCAGACAGUUUUGAUUUAAAGUCGCUGUCAACUAUUGAACACGCACACGUUCCCUUUGUGGUAUUACUACUACAGGCCAUGAAGAAGUGGAAGGAGGCCCACAAUGGCAAGCCGCCGGCCACGUUCCCAGAGAAGGACGCGUUCAAGAAGAGUCUACAGGAGAUGGCGUGGGGCCCGGCCGGCCACGAACUUAACUUUAUUGAGGCAGCUGAGAACGCCUAUAAGGCCUACGUGCCUCCCCAGAUACCGGAGGAAGUUGCGCCAGUGUUGGAGGCCGCGCCGGCCCACACGGUCUCGGUGGAGACGCUGGAGAAGACGAAAGAUACCAAAGAGUUCUGGCUGUUGGCCCACGCACUGGCAGAUUUUGUCAAACAGAACGAUGGCUUAUUGCCGGUAACGGGAGUCGUCCCGGAUAUGACGGCGUCGACGGAAUCGUACGUGGCCCUGCAGGAGCUGUACGUGAACAAGGCCAAGGAGGAUGCUACCAAAGUGCACGAGAUUCUACGCAACAAAUUGCGUGGCCUGAAGCUGGACGAGGACAGCAUUACGUUCGAUGCUGUGGCGGCAUUCUGUAAGAACGCCCCAAGUAUUGGCAUGCUGGAGACACGUACUGUGGCGCAGGAAUACAAGCACGUGGACUUAUCGAGUGUGGACCUGGAGGACGAGGACAAGGAGCAGUCGCCAUUGAUCUGGUACUUCAUGCUCCGUGCAGUGGCGGCCUUCGCUUCCGAGUUUAAUCGCUACCCUGGAUCGGAAGAUGCUGCAGCCACGCAGGAUGGCGCGUGGCUUGUGUCGAAGGCCAAGAAACUGGCGGCCGGUAGCGACGUGGCCGACUGGAUUACCGACGAUCACGCACUAGAGAUGACGCGGUCUUGUGAGGUCGAGUUGCACAACAUCGCUGCGUUAAUGGGCGGUGUGGCUGCGCAGGAGGCUAUCAAGCUGAUCACGCACCAGUUCGAGCCACUCAACCACACGUACCUGUUCAACGGGAUCUCCGGCGUGGCUGCGACUUAUCCUCUGUGAGUUUUAACUUGAGUUUUAACGAGUUUUGUCUACCUCUUCAAUGUUUCAACAGACAAGACGUGGAAUAGUUACUCGCCUCAUGUGAUGUACAUGGCGAUUCCUGUCGCCCUGAUUUAUUACUACGUGUUUCGUCAUACGCAACGAGUCCUGAGGCCACGUACCUUCAUCGCUGGCCGCUUUUCUUGUUGGAUUUCUUGGGCUUCUGUGGCUUCUCCGAGGUAGAAUUUUGUGCUUGAUCACUUCGUGGAUUUGACUGUUCGGUACCCGUUCGCUUCUGUUGCUGGCGUUCCUGGAUGCAUCGCGAGCAGAAACAUUUGAACUUGUACUCACGCAAAUUAGUCUCGCGUGUUUGUACGUCCAUGUCAACGUCGAUGUAGCAGAUGCACAACUCCUCGCCCUUGUGGAUAUCACGGACUGCAACCACGUGGCCGUCUCCAUUCUUAGUAUACAUGACAGUGCAGUUCGGGUCGCAACUGUGGUUCAUCGUACAAAUAAUCGGAAACAACGCAGUGCCCUCAAUACGAGGAUAUCCCAGCCACAUCAAUGCGUCAGCAUCUUCAAUAGCACUUUGUUCCAGCCCCUGCUCUGCUUGCAAUCGCUGUUUCUCCCACUCAAGUACACGUCGCACGCUAUUAAGUAGAACUUGAUCCUCUGCAGUAAGCUGUGGCUGUACCUUUGGGCUCAUAGGAUCAUCACUGUGGUCUGGAUCGCCUGCAGCUAAGUCACUUUGCACAUCCGGGUCCAGGAUGUCAAUGAAGGCGUGGAACGGAUGAUCCACCUCCAUACUGAUGUUGUUCAUCUCGAAAAGACCAAUCUGCGCCGUAAAGAACUCGAAACUUAGUACACUCGAACAGCAGCGCCAGAUUUCCUCCACUGUCACACCUCGUAGUUGGCCC